GAGAGAGAGAGAGAAAGAGGAUGGAGGGCUUGCUCUAAGACAAUAAAAUAAUGUUAAUAAUGUCUGCCCGGUGAGAUGAGGCUCCGAAAUGGGACUGUUCUGACGGCUGUGGUCUUGUGUGGUGUGGUCUCUGUCUCUUGGUACGCGGCGUUCUCCGCUCAGAAAGGAGAUGUGGUAGACAUUUAUCAACGGGAGUUUCUAGCACUUCGUGACAGACUGCAUGCAGCUGAGCAAGAAAACCUCAAGCGCUCUAAAGAACUGAACAUUGUCUUGGAUGAGAUAAAACGAGCUAUUGCUGAGAAACAGACAUUGAGGGAUUUCAACAGAACCUGGAGUAAUUUGUCAGAUGAAACCAAGCUCAAACUUUGGAAUAUCACUAUUAGUAAGAAUGUACUGCAGCUGCCAAGCAUCUUCCAUCACCUCCCACAUCUGCUCGCCAGAGAAGACAGUUUUCAGCCGUCUGUCUACCUGGGACAAAGGAGAACUGGAGUUUCGAUAGUGAUGGGAGUUCCAACUGUCAAGAGGGAGGUGCACACUUAUCUGAUAGACACCUUGAACUCCCUCAUUUAUGAACUGACCCCAGAGGAAAAACAAGACUGUGUAAUUGUUGUACUCAUUGCAGAGACAGAUUUACCAUAUGUAAAUAGUGUUGCAGAAAAUCUCAAAAGUUUAUUUCCAAAUGAAAUUCAGUCAGGUCUGCUUGAAGUCAUCGCCCCCUCAGUGAACUACUACCCUGAUUUCUCCCAUCUGAAAGAAACCUUUGGCGAUCCCAAAGAGCGGGUCAGGUGGAGAACAAAGCAGAACCUGGAUUAUUGCUUUUUAAUGAUGUAUGCUCAAUUGAAGGGCACCUAUUAUGUACAGUUGGAAGAUGAUAUCGUGGUGAGACCCAAUUAUUUAAGCACAAUGAAGAAUUUUGCACUGCAGCAACCGUCUGAAGAGUGGAUGAUCCUGGAAUUUUCCCAGCUGGGAUUUAUUGGAAAAAUGUUCAAAUCACUGGAUCUAAGUCUGAUUGUUGAGUUUAUUUUGAUGUUCUACAAGGACAAACCCAUUGAUUGGCUGCUGGACCACGUCCUGUGGGUUAAAGUCUGUAACCCAGAAAAAGACGCAAAGCACUGUGACCGACAGAAGGCAAACCUCAGAAUCCGUUUUAAGCCGUCCCUCUUCCAGCAUGUAGGAACACACUCGUCUCUGGCCGGAAAGAUCCAGAAAUUAAAAGAUAAGGAUUUUGGAAAACAUGCCUUACACAAAGGACAUUCCAAUCCCCCAGCGGAGGUAACUUCCAGCCUGAAAACAUACCAGCAUUUUACACUGGAAAAGGCUUACUUGGGAGAGGACUUCUUCUGGGCUUUUACCCCAGUGGCUGGUGAUUUUAUACGUUUCAGAUUUUUUACACCAGUGAAAGUGGACAGGUUUUUCUUUCGUAGUGGGAAUAUCGAGCACCCUGGUGACAAGCUCUUCAACACCACAGUUGAAGUUUUGCCUUUUGAUACAGAACAAACAUGGAAGGAGACCUUACUGGAUGGUAAAGACAAGUCUCCCAAAUACCAGAGAACAGAAGAUGGGUAUAUCCGAAUCGCUUCCUUCACAAAUGGUAUCGCUGAAGGAGUUGUCGAUCCAAUGUUUGGACCAUUGGAGGUUGUCCGUCUGUCUACCCUGUCAGACUCGCCAGUCUGGGUGAUACUUAGUGAGAUAUUCAUAAAGAAAGCUGAGACUUAACCGUAGAGAAGAUUUAGUUUUGACCGUGAUGGAGUGCGGCUCCCUUCCAGACUGGAACAGUUUGUCUCGUGGAUUCUUUGUUCUUAGAUCAUCGAUUUCAUCGCAGAAAAACUCCACCACCUGCUGGUCAAUUCAGGAAGAGCAGCAGACAGGAAACCUUGAGUGAGGCAAACUUCCUCCUCUCCCUACACCACCACCCCCCUGCCCCUCCCCAAAAAGUGACACACCCACGGACAGCUCGUGCCUGACGUGAAACCAUUUUAUACUCAACAGAACAAAGAUUCUGUGAAAUCAAUAUCCAUUUAUAAUGCGAUCUUCCAUUCUGAUGCACACUGGUCCAAUUUAUUAAAAGUGGCACCAUUUUUAACCUGUAUCUUGCUAAUUGUAUUCACCGAGGUACUGACUAUGGUGGACACUUUCGCUUCAGAGGAAGAAAGGGACUGUCUCUAAGUGAAGGGGAAUGGGAGGGGGAGCGUCUGUAAGUGAAGGGAGAGGACAGGGGAGUAUCUCUGUGAACGGGGAGGAAUGGGAUAACCAGUAUCUCUAAUUGAAAGGGGUAGGAUUGGGGACUGUCUCUAAUUGAAGGAAAGGGAUUUGGGGCAUCUCUCACCCAAGGUUGGAAAAUGAAGUGGGUCUCUGAACAAUGUCUCAAAUCAGGGAUUUAUCCAGAUCAUUUACGUACUCAUUUUUACUCAUUUUAGAGACAAUUUUAUAUCCACUAAAAUCAAUAGUAUUUCAGAUGUAAGCAUGAUUGCUGAUUCUUAAACAAGCCCUGAAAUAUUUAACUGGAGUAAGAGUUCACGUGAAUUCCUUAGAAAUGGGUGCUGGAUAAGUCCCACGAAGAUUUGCCAAUUUAUGUGGGGGAAAAAAAAGCUCAAUAUUUGGGGGGGGCAGUUUUGAAUACUCCACAUGGCAUUUGACCCUUUUACUGCUGAACUGUUGGUGUGAAAGUUUGACAGAACAAAUUAGAUGUUAGUGCUCUGCUCCAGGUUCUCUGGGGUCGUUGAAAACUACACAGAGUCGAGAACUCAUUCAUUUACUUUGCCUAAUGAAUGCAGAUCUUUGUUUUUAAAUCCUUGUCAACCAAAACAGUGCCAUACCUAAUUCUAUUAUUAUUUAUAGUCCAAGAUUGAAGGGUCUGAAUGUUGCCAUGUCAAUAAUUGUACUGUGAAAGUUGGUGUGAAUGAAAUAUAGAGGAUUCUCUGUGGUCACAUCAACCUUUUCAUGUAAAAUUAUUGGUGGGAGGAAUUCUACUCCCAAGGUGUUUUUAUGUUAACGGUAAUAAAGUUCACAGCAAAUGGA